AUGCAGCUGCUCCCCGUCCGGCCGCCGCUUCUCCUGCCCGUGGCGCUGCUGCUGCUCCAGUGGUGCGAGUCCCGCGCCUCUUCUGUGACUGCAGGAGUGCCGGACCACUUGGUCACCACCGGCGGCGAGUGCGUCCGUCUCUUCCACUCGCGAGGAAGUAUCGGUUGUCGCAGUCUCUCCACGACGGACAUGGCGACGCUGCACCCGAUCGCCAGUUCCCAAGACCUGCAGAAGUUUAUAUCGGGCAAUUCGCACUUAGUGACAUCCGACGAGAAGUACGUGUUGGUUAUGGCGGAAUCGCUCGUGCAGUAUGACGUGCUUUUGCCCCGUUUCGACCGCAUUGGCGGUCUCUUUAUCUUCCCCGAUGCGGGAGCUACGAACACGUCGUUUGACGCUGUCACUCCGCAAGGAGACGGGACAGUAGACGGCGUGUUGAACCCCUUCGCAAGUGACAAGACCAAGUGGAACCCGACGGGCAACGCGCUCUUGACGAAGCUCCUGCCGUUCCCAGUCGUGAUGCUGCAAAACGCUUCAGUCGGGGCCGAGUUUACGAAACGCGCGCAGAAGAAUGCGGACAGUGGCUCUGGAGCCACGUAUAAGGCGUUCAUGAACUACUACUUUGGACCGGAAGAUAUGGACUCGAUCAAGUGUCUCGAGUUUGUCAAUAUUUACGGACAUCGCAGUCCGAGAUGCGAUCCCAUUGGGGGACAGAGUUCGUGGGCCAUGAGGGGCAACUUGAAGUCGGACGAGAUUGUCAUGGCCAUGGCUGGAAUGGAUGCGACGUCGUUGUCGCACGUGCUGGCACCAGGUGCCAAUACGGCAGCGUCGGGACUAGUGGCGCUGCUUGCAGCAGCUCAUGCACUCAAGGGAUUACCGGAUUCGGCGUUUGAUAAAAAGGUGGUGUUUGCCGCUUUUCAGGCGGAGAAGUUUGGCUUUGUUGGAUCGAGAAAGUUUUUGUCGGAUCUGCAACGAUUUACCAAGGACCCGGAAGGCGCUUGUGCGUUUGCCGUUGAGGACUCAGUGUCACCCAUGGGAAAGAGCUUCUGUACGUACCCGAUGCUGAGUAGUACGGAGUUUGCCAACUUGAAGCUCGCGAACAUUAUGUACGCGAUUGCAGUUGACCAGGUGGGUAUUCUUCCCAAGUCUGGCAACUUUACUUUGCACGUGAAUCCCAACGCGAACGAUUCGAGAAGUCUCGUGGACGCCAUUACGAGCGCUCCGUCAGCUGCUUCUGUUGUCGUCGAGGGCAACACAGGCUCGCUGCCUCCGACGCCGUUGUCUUCUUUUGUGAAUGACGCUGCGUACGGUAAGCGCGAUUUGGUGGGUGCGGUGCUAGCUGGUUACAGCGACACGUUCCCUUCAGAAAAAACGUACAACAGUCGUCAUGACGAGUUUACGCUCCUGGAUGUGGAUGCUGUUGUAAAGGCUGCUCAGGUGUUAGCAGAGAGCGUGUUUACCCUCGCAUCUAGCAAUGCUACAGCUGCACAGAUGGACAAGAUUGCAGUGGAUGCAUCUCUGGUCAGGUCAAUGUUGCUGUGCAUUACCACGGACUGGAGCUGCGACCUGAUGAAUGACUACUCUCAAUACAUGAAGACGACUUUGAUUGAGUACCUGAGCCUGUCCGACUCGGCAUCUCCAGCUUACUCUGUCCCUGCGACCUUGUAUCCCGGUCCGAUUGACGUGGACGGCUCGGUGCUUGUUUUGAAGCAUAGUGACAACUCGAUGUACUCGCACUUCAACGAAUCAUGGUCUGACGAUGAUUUCUCUGUGCGCCUUUUCCCGAAUGCUUACGAGUUCUUCACUCGCGCGUUUCUCGCAUCAGCAAUGGUCUCGAAUGCUACUGCUGAUGCAGCUGCCUCCUGCUCACAAAGUCAAGGCUGCGCUGACGGUGGAAAGGGAAUGGAGUGCGUUUAUCCGGGAAUUUGCGCUACGAAGAGUGCGUUCCAUCACGAAGCCAGCUCGCCAGCAAUCAAGCGAACCGCGACAGUGCUGCAUUACGACGUUGUGGACUCGUCGAUGCCCAUUUGGACCGAACCUCAGUGGGCUUCCGACAUUGGGAGCUACUCGUUCCCGGAUCCUGGAGCUACAAUUGGCUGGGUGGCAUUGGCCGUUGGCAUCGUGGUGACGUGUUUUGGUGUCGGGACUUCAUUCAUGGUGCUGAAGAGCGUGCAGAAGCUGAAGCUUAUGUGA